AUGCCAGCCCCAUCACUAUUGCAGUUGGCUAUGGCCACUGCAGUCAAACACGUCAAAUCACUAAACGAUAUCGGAAACCUGCCUUACAACCUUGUUCGCCCCAUUCUGCUGAAAGUGGAUAACCCAGAGAAGCUGCAUGCGAUGGAAUUACUAUCCCCACACCUCACCGAAGAAGACAAAGAACUAUGGCUCAACUUCAUCAGACGUGACAUACCAAAAUGGGAACAAUACGAUCUCCCCGAAAAGACACACCAAUGGUAUGAAAUCUACUGCGAUCUCCGCGAAGACGUCCAACGAGCCCUAGAUGCCGACGCCGAAAAGAUGAAGAUGGCUCUAGACGGAAUCAAGUCAGAACGAACACGAUUGACGCCGAAAAUCAUCCCGGGGCACAAAGGUCGUGGAUCGCGGAUUUCGAGAUCAACUUUCACCCGGCGGCCCUUCUCUGGUAUACCUAGCGCAUCCGUGGACAAGAAGAAAUCGACCAUUUUCAGCGCACCGCGGAGGAACAAUGCCCUAGCCGUACCGACAAAGCAUCUCAGCACCCGCGCAUCGCAGGUCAAAAAAGCCCCGAUCUCACUCAUUGAAGAGCACCGACAGCCUACGGAGCAACCAGUCAAACAGCCCGUUCCUAAUCUCAGACGCGACCAAGACGCUCGUGGACCUGUUGCACCAGCGCUGCCGAGACGACAGAAUUCAUAUACCCCGUCACGUCCUGUGCACGAUACAAAGAGUCCGGCCCUGGCCGAAAGAGAGGCUCGGCUUCGGGCAAUCGCUUCUGGAAAACCAUUGCCUUCCGGCUCGGAGGGUACGAAGAAAAUUCCAAGUUAUACCCGGGAUGCGACUUCGUCGAGGCCGACUGGCCUUAAGCGCGAGGCUGUUUCCCCGCCGCCGGGUGCUCGUCAUUCUUCUCAUUCUUCACAUCAUGGGCCGAGUCAGACUGAUGGACCGGCAAGCCCUCCGGCUUCCGCACGCCCGGUCAUGCCCGUUCGCAAGCGACCGGACAGUGUCUUCAUUCAACCAAAACGUCGUCGUGUUGUCUGA